AUGGGCUCCAUCCAAGACUCACCCCCAACCCUCCAAAACCCCUUCCGAACCCGCAUCCUCGCCGGCCAAAUAACACCUCUCAUCUCCAUAAAGCACAUAACAAGCAACGAAAUAGCAAUGAUGGCCAAAAUGGCCGGCUUCCACGGCAUGUUCAUCGACAUGGAACACUCCACGCUCGACCUGCACGCAGUCGGCCAACUCAUCCUAGCCUGCAACUACGUUGGAGUCUCGCCGGUCGUGCGCUCGCCUUCCAAGUCACACUGGCACAUCAGUCGCAUCCUCGACGCCGGCGCUGCAGCCGUCGUCAUCCCGCACAUCGAGACCGUGCAGGAGGUGCGAGAGCUCGUGCGCUGUGCGAAAUAUGCGCCGCUGGGUGCGCGCGGUUGCACGAAUAACCAGCCGGCGUUGAACUUUGCGCAUGUUCCUACGGCUGUGCAGAAUGAGGUUCUUAAUCGGGGGACUAUGUUGAUUCCGAUGAUUGAGACGCCUGGCGCUGUGGAGCUUGCGGAGGAGAUUUUGGGCGUGGAGGGCGUUGAUGGCGUUCUUGUUGGGUCGAAUGAUCUUUGUGCUGAUCUGGGUAUUCCGGGACUGUAUGAUGAUGAGAGAUAUUUGGGGUCUGUUGUUAGGAUUCUUGAGGCGGCGAGGAAGGUUGGGAAGCCGGUUGGUAUUGGCGGUAUUGGGGGAAGACUUGAUCUGUUGGAGAGGUGGUUCUCUCUAGGUGCUACUUGGUCGCUUAGUGGUGCUGAUGGGGCUAUUUUGCAGAGUGGGAUGAAGCAGAUUACUCGGAAUUAUGAGGAGAUUAGUCGUAAGUUGCAGAAGGUUAAGAAUUAG